AUGCCAGAACCUAAUCCAGACCAAUGGACAGAAAUAGCCAAUAAAUUUUAUUUAAAAACCAACUUUCCAAAUUGUGUAGGGGCAGUCGAUGGCAAACAUAUUCGUUGUAUUAAACCCAUUAAUUCCGGAUCAAUGUUCUACAAUUAUAAAAAGUAUUUUUCCAUUGUAUUAAUGGCUGUAGUGGACGCAGAGUAUAGUUUUAUUUCAAUCGAUGUCGGUGCAUAUGGUAAGGAGGGUGAUUCUACAAUUUUCAAAAAUUGUCCAUUCGGAAAAAAACUAUAUUCUGAAUUAUUGAAUCUACCAGCACCUGUUGUUCUUCCAAAUACAGACAAUUUCCCUCAGCCUUUCGUGGUAAUUGGUGAUGAAGCUUUCGGACUACACAAAAAUCUUUUAAGACCAUACCCUGGACGAGGUCUUACACAAAAAAGAAAAAUUUUUAACUAUCGUCUAUCAAGAGCUCGAAGGUACGUAGAAUGCGCUUUUGGAAUACUCGCAAAUAAAUGGCGUGUUCUACAUAGUGCUAUUCUAGUUGAACCCGAUUUUGCAGACGACGUUAUAAAAGCAUGCUGUAUUUUACAUAAUUAUGUUAGACGAAGGGAUGGUUAUAAUUUCGAAGACACCCUCUCAAACUCUUUGGAAGACAUUCAAAAUGAAAAUAAUUCUGGAGCUCGUCAACAAGGAUUAGAUGUUCGAGAAUAUUUUGCUGAUUAUUUUAUGGAUGCAGGAGCAGUUCCGUUUCAAUAUCAAUUUGUUUGA